CAAGGGUCACAAACUCCACGAUAAGAAUUAUAGUCCCACGCUGUUCCGGGCUCAAGUUCACGCCUCUGAAAACCAACAAAUCGUGCCGACUCGAACGACGAGCAUGAUCGCUGGCGCACCUAGUCCACCGUCAUGAACGCGUUGUUAGGGCAGGCCUGGAGAUGUCCGCGGAGCGCAGUCCUUGUUACUCGCCGCUUUCGGGUGAAGUCGACUUCUAAACCAUCAAAGAAGGCUGCGCCGCGCAGCUCCAAGACCGCUUCCGACACUUCAGUUAAAUCCUUCAAUGACUUGCCAGCUGACGAGCAGCUACGACGACGCCUCAAUGACCGGGAAAAGGCACAGCGAAGGACGACACCCUCCGAACCGGCGCUGCGGCAGAGAUACGACGAGUUUUACGACCUUACAAAGCACCGACUAAAUACCCUCCUAUGGGAAUUGGGAAAAUGGGACCCAGAGCACCGGGAAUAUAGAGCAUUCGGACUACACACCCAAGAGAGCUACUACCAAGAGAUCUCCCUCUUCAAAGAUGCCCUAAAGAAGUCGUUUCACCUGGCGAGCGCACUCGGCAUGACGGCGCGGACUGAUAACCCUCUGUUCUGGAACUUGCGCGCUGCCUUUAUCAAGGGGGAUGCGGCGGGGUUGACCAAAGAGCUUCGGUACGCGCUUCAGACCUUCUUGAUGCGCAAGAAGUUUUCAAAGUCCACCACCGAGUUGCACCUGCGACUUGCCGAUUUGCGCUUCCCUUACGAAUGGUUUCCUGCUACUCGCCAACUGCAGCGCACUAUUCACUUGCACGUCGGCCCAACAAACUCUGGAAAGACAUACAACGCCUUGAAAGCUCUGGAAAACGCAAAAUCGGGCAUCUAUGCCGGCCCUCUUCGACUGCUGGCUCACGAAAUCUACACGCGAUUCACCGCCAAGGGGAAACCGUGUGCCCUCAUCACAGGCGAGGAACAGAGGAUACCGGGAGACGCCGACAUGUUCUUUCGGAGUUGUACGGUUGAAAUGACGCCAUUGAACUGGAAGGUUGAUGUCGCCGUCAUUGACGAGAUUCAAAUGAUCGCCGACGAACACCGUGGUUGGGCUUGGACCCAGGCGGUCCUGGGCUGUCAGGCAAAGGAGCUUCAUCUUUGUGGCGAGGAAAGAGUGGUUGAUCUGAUACAGGAACUUUGUGCUCGUUUGGGCGACAAGUGCAUCGUGCACCGUUAUGAGAGGCUGAACCCCUUGCUUCCCAUGGAGCAAGCUGUCGGCACCGACUUCAAGAAUCUCCAAAAGGGUGACGCUGUCAUCUCGUUUUCUCGGGUCAACUUGCACUCUCUGAAAGCUGGUAUCGAAAAAGCAACUGGGCGUAAAUGUGCCAUCGUUUACGGCUCGUUGCCGCCCGAAACUAGAGCGGCGCAGGCUGCCUUGUUCAAUGACCCGAAUAACGACUAUGAUUUCUUGGUUGCCAGUGAUGCUAUUGGCAUGGGUUUGAACCUAGAGAUUAAGCGCGUCGUCUUCGAAUCGGCAUUCAAAUUCGAUGGCAUGGCGCAUCGCGCCCUAACGAUCCCGGAAGUUAAGCAAAUCGGCGGUAGGGCUGGUCGUUAUAGGACAGCCAACGAUGCUGUUCGCUCCGGCCAAGAAGAGGAGGCUUCAGCUACGUCUGCCUUUAGCAAGUGGGGAGCGCCGGGCUUCGUCACAGCUAUGGAUGAUCAGGAUCUCGGUCUUAUCAGGAAGCAUCUUCAAAAGGACGCCACGCCCAUUGCCGCGGCGGGUGUCAUGCCGCCUUCGCACAUCAUCGAGCGGUUUGCCUCCCUGUUCUCUCCCGACGUUCCACUUGCGUUCGUUCUGUCCAGACUCAGGGAGAUGGCACGGCUCUCGAGCUCCUUCAGCAUGUGCAGCUUUGGCGAUCACCUCGACGUCUCCGAUGUCCUCAAGGAGUUCGACCUCAGCAUAUACGACCGUUCGGUUUUGCUGACAGCCCCCGUUUCACUCCGGGAAAAGGCCCAAAAGGACAUUCUCAGGGCAUUCGCUUGGAGUAUUGCUAACUUGUCCGGAGGUCACUUGCUCGAGAUUCCCGAGAUUGAUCUGGAGGCGCUCGAUGUCGAUGCUCCACAGCUUGAUCCCCAGGAACAAAAGGACUAUCUGCUGCGACUCGAAGGUCUCCAUAAGGCCGUCACUCUGUAUCUGUGGCUCAGCUACCGGUACCGUGGCGUGUUCAUCAGCCAAAACCUGGCGUUCCACGUCAAAUCUCUGGUUGAGGAGAAGAUCACAAACUGUCUGGAAGCUGCCGAUUACGAGGCAGACAAGCAACAAAGACGUCGUGAGAUGCUCAGACGCCAGGCCCAGUCGCACAGCAAGAAGGAGGAGAAGCUUCUUGGCGUUGGCGAGGGGGUUGAGGAUGCACCUGUCGCUGAGAGCGGCCCCGGUCUGUGGGACGCCGAGGGACACGAGGAGCCGUUGUAUCGGGAGAAGAAGGAGGUUAAUGCUGCUUUGCCAGUUCGCGUUCGCAGGACAACUGAGAGCCCCAAGAGCCGUGUCUCUCUAGAAUAGAGACCUCCGAUAUCUGUACUAUAUGGACGAUAUCUGUACUAUAUGGACGAUGUCUGUACUAUAUGGAAGCUAUGGAGCUGGGCGUGUAUGAUGCUAUGUGUAGUAGGUCUACCAAAACGGAAUAAAAUGCCAGUAGAACUACAUAGAUGGUCGGCGUUGGUAUUCAGGGGCAAGUUGGUUAGCCUGGUCAUUGGGGAAUUGUUAUUCGAUGUAUAAAUGCUUCUCUGGAAAUACAAAUUCCUCUCUGUGGCUAUAACUUCUAGUCUUCUUUUUG